AUGAGCUCUCAGGGAACCUUUCGUCGCGCUGCUGUCGUGUUCACGGACAAGGCCUCGGCACCUCUGCCUGCCUUCUCUCAGGCCAUAAAGGCCAACAACAUGGUAUAUGUCUCCGGCAACGUUGGCAUCGACCCGACCACUGGAAAACUCCAAGAAGGAGUCGCUGCCCAGACUACGCAGAUUUUGAAGAACCUCAAGGCUGUUCUUGAAGAAGCCGGAUCUGGUCUGGACAAAGUCAUCAAAGUUAAUGUCUUUAUUACAGACAUGGGCAAGUUCGCCGAGUUGAACAAGGCAUAUUUAGGAGUUUUCGAGGAGCCCCAGCCGGUCCGUACUUGUGUCCAAGUCUCUGCACUUCCAUUCGAAGCUGAGGUAGAGAUGGAGUGUCAAGCACUUCUGUGA